UGUCAAAAGUGACAGCUGCGUCUAGUACCUCCCCAAGCACCAUUACAUUCACAUUGAGCUUCAGCAGUCACCUCUAAAAUAUCGCGCUUCAGUUUUCCAUGCUGCCUGCCUGUUGUUUUUGCGAUUUUUGUUUUAACAUGUUCCGGCUGUUUUCAGAGAGCACCCCGUGGCAUUCCCACAGCGCGCAACGACAUUUUAUCUAACAGCGCGGCAUUUCUACUGCCAUUGAUGUUUGCGGAGUUGCGAGACCUGAAACGGGAAAAUAUUCGCUUCAUUUGAAAUCAGACUCGCUCUUAUAAACAUCCCUAGCAAACGAGCGCUGCAACUCGGAGACUUCACUUUCGAGAGCAUUCUCGCCGAGUUUCCCCCGGCACCAUGUGAUCGAGUUCUAGCAUAUCUUCCUCUUUCUUUCGCAAUCAUCCUUCUUGAAAGACGAAGAGAGAAAAAUAAGAGGUUCCUGAGUGUCACGGCUCGGUCCACGCGUGAAAAUGCCUGUGCGCCGGGGACACGUCGCUCUCCAGAACACCUAUCUGGACACCAUCAUCAGGAAAUUCGACGGACAAAAUCGUAAGUUCCUAAUAGCCAAUGCCCAGAUGAAGAACUGCGGGAUCAUCUACUGCAACGAUGGCUUCUGUCAGAUGUUUGGUUUCUCGCGGGCGGAGAUCAUGCAGCAGUCCUGCACCUGUCAGUUCUUGGUGGGGCCGGGCACUAUGAAGAGUGCCCUGACACAGCUGGCACAGGCACUUCUCGGAUCAGAGGAACGCAAGGUGGAGAUCCUCUACUACUCUAAAGAAGGAGUGUGUCGGCCAUGCUUGGUGGAUGUUGUUCCAGUAAAGAAUGAGGAAGGAGUUGUUAUCAUGUUCAUCUUAAACUUCCAGGAGCUUUUAGACCCCUCCCUGAAGGAAGGUGGCAUCAAACAGCGCAUGACACAUGCGCUACGGGCAGGUCAGAGACGCAACAUGAGGCUGAGAAUGCCCUCGCUCCGUGUCAAACGCAUGCCAUCUCUCCCAAAAGACCCCUUUGAGGGUGUGGUGGUAGACUAUCUACAGCCCUCUACUGAGGAGGUAAGGCUGAAGGAACUUCAGAUCGCAUCUCAGGAGAGCUGCAUGAAAUCAGAGACCCAGGUCUUGAUUCAGCAGAACCCCUCCACAUGUGGAUUCUCCUCCCCACUGUCACAGCCCACAGACCGGUUAGAAACCAACGUGGCUAACCUCAAACACAGCCACUCCAGAGAGAGCGUGGCCAGCCUGCGCCGGGCCUCUUCACUGCAUGACAUAGAUGACACGAGGGACCAAUGGAGCGAUCUAAAGCCCAAUAACCUGAACUCCACCUCAGACUCAGAUCUGAUGCGACACCGGGCCAUUGGACGCAUCCCUCAGGUGACGAUAUCAUUCGGCUCCGACCGUCUCAGACCCCCGUCCCCCACAGAGAUCGAGAUCAUCGCACCCAGCAAGAUUAAAGAUCGCUCGCAGAAUGUCUCGGAAAAGGUCACGCAAGUCACCCAGGUUCUGUCCCUCGGAGCGGAUGUGCUACCCGAAUACAAACUUCAAGCUCCACGCAUCCACAAGUGGACCAUCCUCCACUACAGCCCGUUCAAGGCAGUAUGGGACUGGAUCAUCUUGCUCCUGGUGCUCUACACAGCCGUCUUUACACCCUACUCCGCCGCCUUCCUCCUCAACGAGCAGGAGGACGAGAGGAGACGCACCUGUGGCUACACCUGUAACCCCCUCAAUGUAGUGGACCUGGUGGUGGAUGUCAUGUUCAUUAUUGACAUCCUCAUCAAUUUCAGGACCACAUACGUGAAUCACAACGACGAGGUGGUCAGCAAUCCAGCUCACAUAGCGCAGCACUAUUUCAAGGGCUGGUUCCUCAUAGACAUUGUUGCUGCGAUUCCAUUCGACCUGCUCAUUUUCAGAUCGGGUUCAGAUGAGCCUCAAACCACCACUCUGAUUGGCCUUUUAAAGACGGCACGGCUGCUGCGAUUGGUGCGGGUGGCGAGAAAACUGGACCGUUACUCUGAAUACGGUGCGGCAGUGCUCUUCCUCCUCAUGUGCACCUUUGCGCUCAUCGCUCACUGGCUGGCGUGCAUCUGGUACGCCAUCGGCAACAUGGAGCGCACCAGCUUCGCGCGCAUCGGAGGUAUGAAGAUCGGCUGGCUGGACAACCUGGCAGACCAGAUCGGCAAGCAAUACAACGACAGCGAUCUCUCCUCUGGCCCCUCCAUCAAGGAUAAAUAUGUAACCGCACUGUAUUUUACCUUCAGUAGCCUGACCAGUGUGGGAUUCGGAAACGUGUCUCCGAACACCAACCCUGAGAAGAUGUUCUCCAUUUGCGUCAUGCUGAUUGGCUCUCUGAUGUAUGCCAGUAUCUUUGGCAACGUGUCAGCUAUAAUUCAGAGGUUGUAUUCAGGGACUGCACGCUACCAUACUCAGAUGCUACGAGUGAAGGAGUUCAUCAGGUUCCAUCAGAUCCCAGGAGGUCUUAGGCAACGGCUUGAAGAGUAUUUUCAGCACGCCUGGUCCUACACUAAUGGCAUCGAUAUGAAUGCGGUGUUGAAGGGCUUUCCAGAGUGUCUACAGGCUGACAUCUGUCUGCAUCUGAACCGCAGUCUGCUGCAGAACUGCAAGGCAUUCAGGGGGGCAAGUAAGGGCUGCCUGCGAGCUCUGGCCAUACGUUUCAAGACCACUCACGCGCCGCCCGGAGACACUCUAGUGCACAGCGGAGACAUUCUGACUGCUCUAUACUUCAUCUCCAGAGGUUCCAUAGAGAUCCUCAGAGAAGACGUGGUGGUGGCCAUCUUAGGAAAGAAUGAUAUUUUUGGGGAGCCCAUCAGUGUGUAUGCCCGGCCAGGGAAAUCGCAUGCAGACGUCAGGGCUUUGACAUACUGUGAUCUGCAUAAGAUCUUGAGAGACGACCUGCUGGAAGUGUUGGACAUGUAUCCGGAUUUCUCAGACAGUUUCUGGAGCAACCUGGAGAUUACGUUCAAUUUAAGAGAUGCAGACAGAAGCAUGCAUGCAACCCCAAGCGAGGACUCAGAGUGCGGGUACCGUCGACCCAGACACAGAAGAAAACCCCUUCAGCGCAAUCGACCUGACGGUAUGGACCGAGAAGGAAUAGACACAUACCCGGUUCAGACGUGUUCCCCUGUUGGGAACCAUCGGGGGGCGAUACCACUCUCACACUGGGAUGAGUUAUGUAGCAAUACCAGUGCUGCCUCCCUGUCCAGUGAGGAGGAUAUGAAGCUCCUGGUAUCUGGCAGAGGAGAUAUGUACUCUCCUGGAUCAGAGAUGCAAGAUUUCUCCCCUUCUGCUGUCAGCCUUCUGCCCCCCAGUAAUAGCACAACUUCUGGCACGGCGGGACCAUUGGGACGGACACAUCCAUACACAGCAGCACCUCUCAAUGUGUCUGGAUUAUACGGCUAUUUGGCUGACCGUAGGGCCAGUCAGUACUCAGAGAGUCAGAGACAUCCGUCUGCAGGACAAGCCUGCUAUCACCAUCACAGCGCCUGUGCUGAUCCUGAAAGACCGAGCCAACUGCAGGCCCGCCUGGAACUAUUACAGUCACAGCUCAACAGACUGGAGACCAGGAUGACAGCUGAUAUAAAUGUGAUCCUGCAGUUACUGCAGAGACAGAUGGCACCUGUGCCCCCUGCUUACAGUGCCGUAACCCCUGAAGCACUGGCCCACCCAGCUCACCCCACCGGCUUAUACACCACAACACCCCACAACAUCCCUCCCUCUGUACAAAUCACUGACACCCCAUCAUCACCUGGUAAGAGCCCUGGUCAGGAUAGCUUCAAAAACAAGUCUCGGGACUCCUUGUCCAGUGGGAUCCAUCUGACAAUAGCCUCAAACGACACCAUGUCCAUGUCUCCAGAGACUGAGACAGCUGUGCCCACAGGACUGAGUCUCCCCCAUGAGCCUCAUCUACAGCCAGUCGGACAGCUGUGUAGAAGCCUGCGCUUCCCCUCGCUCCCAGAAAAUCUGCAGAGUCCAAACAUGCAGGAGGGCUCAGCCGACAUCUUGAGGCACGUGUCCGAUCCAGUUUUACCUGGCAGCUAGAGGCCCAAAACAGACUCCUGUGUUUUAUUUGUGCCCCGAGCGCAACCUUCCUAAGAUUCACAUAUAUACACCACAUUUUCAUUGUUUUUCAGACAGCUUCAUAUUGCAAUGCAAAACAUCCAUGCUUGCCGAAACGAAACAAAUUGUUUGUGUUACUUGUCUUAGCAACAUUAGGUGGAAAGCCAUCCAAUACUGUGGACAAAAUGAAUCCAACAUUUCUCAGUUUUUCUCAGUUUCUGCGGUAUUUUGUUUCAUAUCCCUUCUCAUUAAGAGCAGGAAUUUUUCCUCUGAUGCAGUGAGAAUUUGGUAACAAAUCUCAGCUUUCGUUAUAGAAUAUGAAAAGCACAGUGGGCAAUAAAGACAAGAUCCCGGUUAAACAGAGAUCACUGCCUCAACUUCCACCAUCAUUUUCUGCUAUUAUAAUUAGGGAUGCACCGAUGUGUAAAUUUUGGCCGAUAACGAUAACCGAUCAUUCUUGAACAUUGGAAGCUGAUAACCGAUAUAUUGGCCGAUAUACAGUUUCUUCAUAUUAAUAUAACAUUUUAUGAGACUGAACAUUCUUUUUGUACCAUGAAAAUCAUGUACCAAGCCUAAUUUACACGGGUUAAAGAUUCUUUAACUUUUAAACUUUUCUGGUAGAAUGUUUAUUUAAUAAACAAAUUAAAGAUGUUCUCCCAGAGCAACCCAGAAAGGGGUUCUCAACAGCCACAAGUCUAACAGGUCUCAAGACAGAAAGCAGUCAGACAGCAGUCUGAUUCAAACAAUAUGCUUUUGUUCCUAUAAUAUACAUGUUCAUAAAUAUCUACAUACUACAGUACAUCAACAAUGUUUUGCUAAUAACAGUAAGUGAAUGAUCAUGACAGAAAGACAGUACUGUACUGGAUUUUAACUGCGAGCAGCGUGCAGCUGAAGUGGUUCAACUUGAGGAAAUGAUUCAUAAUUUAUCGGCUAUAAUAUAUCGGCCUAAAUUUUAUUAUUGGCCGAUACCGAUAACAUUAAAAAUGACCAUUUAUCGGCCGAUACCGAUAUGACCGAUAAUUUAUCGUGCAUCCCUAAUUAUAAUCUUAAACCAUUACCUGGAAAUCAGGUUUAACUUGAGCUUUAUUUUUAAAUAGAAUAUGCUGGCUGUGAUUCUGAGGCAGUGCCACCACUAAAGGACAUUUCAAUGACACAGUAAAGUCUGGACUGUUUUUAAAGUAUAACGCUUGUGUGGAUUGAUAUUACAGAAGUUCAGGAAUUUUUUCAACGUUAUUUUUCUUUAUAUACUUUUGUGGCACGUUAGGUGUUUGGCCCAAAUCUAAUGUAUUACUACACCAAGUAACUGUAUGACGUGCACACAAAGAAUCCUUGUAACCAAAUGGGUGUGAAAUCAGGGGUAUGAAGUUAUUAUAAGUGUGUGUGUGAGGAGAUGUGCUACAGAUGCGUUAAUGAAUAUGUGAUCAUUGUAUUUGAAGGACAAAGUAAAGACACUCUGACUCAAGGACUGUUUUUGUAAAUCACCUGUUAAGAUGAAGUGUGAAGUUUCUUUUACCUCUGCAGUGUAAGCAGAUGAAUGUACUGUACGUCAAGUUCUUGAAAACCUUUGUCGAACUGUAAAGGUUUCCAAAAGCACACAACUUUUUUUUUUAGAAUAAAUGUUAUUUAUAACAGUAUUUAUUGCUGUACUGGGUUUAAAAUGCGUGUUCAGCGGCGCCGCAACAACCGACAGGCGGGUGAUACCACGAAAGCGACUUGUUCUUGCGGCGCCGCAUUAAGCUUAAAUUUGAGUUUGUCGCAUCACACGAUGCUUUAAAGAUUCAUCACUGAAAGCUUUAUGAAACAACAGGAGCUUAAGUUUUUAUUAAUAGAAAAGCAACAUGGCAGGACACACACACAGAACUACCUACAUAUAAUCACUCCAUUAAAGAGCGCGAGAUGAGGAACAGGUUUUCUACACAGCCGCGCAAAUUCACUUCCGAUUUCAUGUGACUAAAAUAGUGGAAUUACUACUACAUCAUAUUUGAUAACGAAACAAUUCAUGGAGAAACCAAAUGGCUUGCAAUGCAAAAUUAG